AUGUCAGUGGUGGACACGCAGGAACAUUCCAUGACCCCCAUUCGGACAUUCCACCGUCUACAACAACAGGUUUCAUCUGGACAUCUUAACACAACUGGACCACGCUGCAACAAUAAGACGCUUCCUGAUGAAGUCGCCAGGACCGUGUUUUCAAGAUGGCGAACAACCGCGCCACGUGACAACACUCUAACAGUGUCACUGCGUGGUCGCCUAGGAAACAAUAUGUUUGAAUAUGCCUCAUUGCUCGGAAUUGCUUGUUUUCACAAUUACACAAAUACACAUGAAAACCGAACUAAAAUCGGGAUUCACGUUCGACGCAAAUACAUGAGAUCUGGGAGUAAGAUAGGCUAUCUGGCUGCGCCCUUGUCGUAUAUUAAAAAGGCCAUUGCUCAUAUGAAGACAAAGUUUCACAACCCACUGUUUCUUAUAGCUACUGAUGACAAAACUUGGUGCAGAAAAUAUGUUGUUUCCACGGAUAUAAUACUCAUGGAAAAUUCAGAUGCCCUUGUAGACUUUGCGACCUUGACCUUGUGUGACCACAUGAUAAUGACUGCGGGGACAUUUGGAUGGUGGGCUGCCUGGCUUGCAGACGGGUACACUGUAUAUUACAGAGAUUUUCCCAGACAAGGAUCAGAGUUAGCUAGAGGCCUCAUAAAGGAAGACUACUUUCUGCCACACUGGGUUCCUCUUGGUGCUUGA